GAUUUUUAUAAACAUUUAUUAUUUAUUGUGGACUCUUUUACAAAUAAUAUUUUCUGAGUGUAGUCUUAAGGACUUAAUCGAGUUUGUAUUAUUUUUUACUAAAUACUAAAUACUCGUACAUCUUAAAGUUAUGAAAGAUUGCUCGAACAGAGCUUCAAUUAUUGUUCAUGACGCAAUGUUAUCGUGACUAUGGGUAACAUGAAAUAAUAUCCUCUAAUACGUGCGGAUUAUCCAUUUAACUCGGAACCCACGCUCGCUAGAAUAUAUCAUAUGAAAAUGGCAACAGUGUAACAUGUAUGCUUACUACACAGUCAAAUGUCGUUCGCCAUCUAUGAGCUGUUAGUAGAAGUAUAAUUAGGCGAGAACACAGAGCGGUUUGGUUGUUGCAGAAGGAUUUUAAAUUUAUUAUAAUAAAGAGAAGACGGUCACCUGAAAUAUAAUUACAAUGAUCAUGGCUGUGAAAGAAUGGUUCAGAAGACUGCAGCCUGUCCAAUUGUACCUGAUUCUGUUUUUCACCACCGCUUUCUUUGUCGUCGAAAUGGUCGCCAGUCAUGUGACUCAUUCGCUCACGUUACUCCUCAAUGCCUAUCACAUGCUAUGCAACAUUAUAGCACUUGUUGGUUGUAUCGCCUCCAUCAAGUAUAGUCAUCGUCAAAGCAGCAUCAGUCACAGUGAAAAUAGCGUUUCCAGUUCCUUACGAAAUUCAGUAAUUUGUAUAAAUGGCGAUGAACGCGGUUCUACGACGUCUUUGUCGACGAAAACAAAGCAAUCGCGAUCGGAUAGAAGGAUGAAGAAUACAUUUGGCUGGGCGAGAAUAGAUAUCGUUACGAUGCUUAUUUGUUGCGUUUUUCUCGCGUCUUUUUGCUUUUCUUUGUUGGUCGAAGCUUUACAAACCCUGGUGCAUAUAGAUCAUUUGGAUGAAAUGCACCAUCCGAUGCCUGUUCUCACAAUUGGCGCGUGUGGCAUCCUCCUUAAUGCUUUUUGUUACAUACUAAUUGGAGGAUACACCUUCAAUCAGGGUCUUGUUCUCCACGUUACAAUGAAUGGAGAUGUGAUACUACGACGGAAUAGUUCGCAGCAAGCGAAAGAAGGUGAAGAACAGUUAUCUUUGCAAACUAGGCGAAGUCCUUUGGGUAUACCAAAAAGCCAAGGUCUACGAGAAACAUGUCGUGAUGCUUUGGGCUGUGUUUUUGUUAUUCUCGUGUCCAUUUUAGUAUAUUUUACCGAUUCUAACGUGGCCAAAUACAUCGAUCCGCUUUUCGCAAUUAUUUCAGCCAUUUCACUCUUCGCACUUAGCUAUUCAUAUAUGAAAGAAUCUGGGCUGAUACUGCUGCAAACAAUCCCUAAUCACAUAAACAUUGAUUCUCUUAAGAGGGAAUUACUAGAAGCUUUUCCUGGUAUCGUGAACGUACACGACUUACAUGUUUGGCAAUUAACAGGGCAGAAGAUAAUCUCUACGGUUCACAUCAUAUUCUUGGAUCCAAUGGUUUAUGCCAGUAUUACCGACGAAGUAACAGCCUUUUUCAUACAGAUAGGAAUAACUCAAGUUACAAUACAGCCGGAAUUUUAUAAGUUGAGACCAAAUACGGAAAAAGCCGGUUGCUUAAUACGUUGUCAUGGCGAGCACUGCAGUUCAUCUCAAUGCUGUUCCAAAGAAAAAUUCAUCGAAGAUUCUUGUUCAGACUUAUCAACCAAACAACAAGCACAAUCCAUAAACAAGAAACUAGAAAAAAAGCAAGUUAUUCCAGCUUCCACAAACAUCGAUCUAAAAAGGUUUACUAUCUAUGACGAAGAAGGUUCAAAAUCAUGUCAAUCGAACGAAAAUCUACCUGCCAGAAGUUCGUGUCAGCAGAGAGAUGAAGCUACAUACAAUAACAAAGAUAAAGCGAUUGAUAACAGUCUUUAUGCGAUAAAUGUAGUAAAUGUUAAUGAUGGAAAUUAUGUUUCGUGUAUUACGAGUCACGAUGAACAGAAUUUAGAGAUAGUAUCUUAACUUUUAAUUCUGCUGGAAUCUGCGUAUUUUCAUAUUUCAAUUGUACACUCAUAUUGAUAAAUAAUUAAUGUCAAAUUGAAUGAGAAAUCCUGCA